GAUCCAUGGGGCGUGGACCUCGUUGUUUCGCAGCUGGAUCCUGGAGCAGAGCGCGCUGUCCAUUAUUGUCUACGCUCGGGAACCGAGGCGGGUGAGGCUGGUGCUGUAGACAGAGCAGCUGUUGCUACGGUAGGCUACUACGGUUAAGCAUCCUUGGGGAAACAACGGCAACCAAUUCUCUUUGUAGACGAUGCAAUGCUCUCCGUUAUCAUCUUAAAUAUAUGAAAUAGAAAAUAGAAUUGAAAAAAUAAAUCAAUGGUACAGAAAAGUAGUAUGUCCAGGACGCCUUCGACCUCAACCCAGGAGAUCCAAAUGGACAUGUUUGAUCCUCAUCCGCACGCACAGGGGAAGCAUGCCAAGCGGAAGAGCCGCUUUAAGCGAUCCGAUGGAAGCACCUCCUCUGACACCACAUCCAACAGUUUUGUCCGACAGGGCUCUGCAGACUCUUACACCAGCAGGCCGUCCGACUCGGACGUGUCCCUGGAGGAGGACCCAGAGGCGCUGAGGAAGGAGGCUGACCUACAGGCCCUUGCAACCCUGGAGAAAGCCAAGACCAAACAGGUGGCUUUUGCAGUGCGGACGAAUGUGGGUUACAACUCUGGGCCUAGCGAUGAUGUCCCUGUUCAGGGCAUGGCCAUCUCCUUUGAAGCCAAAGACUUCCUACACAUCAAAGAGAAGUACAAUAAUGACUGGUGGAUUGGUCGUCUGGUGAAAGAGGGCUGUGAAGUGGGGUUCAUCCCAAGCCCAGUCAAACUGGAGAACACCCGGCUACUGCAGGAGCAGAGGAUGAGACAGAACCGCCUUAGCUCCAGUAAAUCUGGUGGCAGCUCUAGCCUCGAUGUUGCAACAGGGACACGCAGGCCCACUCCUCCUGGCACAGCUCAUGUGGACAUGUCCACAGUGAACUUUGACCCAGACCCCCUGGACCUGGACGCUGAGGAACCCCCUGAACCCCAGGGUGAGCCCCGCUCCCCCAAGGGCAAUGCGGGCAGCGUCACCUCCCCACAGGGUCAAAUCCACCGCCUGCCCUUCUUUAAGAAGAUGGAGCACGUUCCCCCUUAUGACGUUGUUCCCUCCAUGAGACCCAUCAUUCUGGUGGGGCCGUCGCUGAAGGGCUACGAGGUGACUGACAUGAUGCAAAAGGCUCUCUUUGACUUCCUCAAACACAAGUUUGAGGGCAGGAUAUCCAUCACCCGGGUGACAGCGGAUAUUUCCCUGGCCAAGCGCUCGGUCCUCAACAACCCCAGUAAACACACGAUCAUUGAGAGGUCCAGUACCCGGUCCAGCCUGGACGUACUGGCCGAGGUGCAGAGUGAGAUCGAGCGGAUCUUUGAGCUGGCCCGCACCCUGCAGCUGGUCGCCCUCGAUGCAGACACCAUCAACCACCCCUCUCAGCUGGCCAAGACCUCCCUGGCACCCAUCAUCGUUUACAUCAAAAUAGCCUCACCUAAGGUCCUCCAGAGGCUCAUUAAGUCGCGGGGGAAGUCCCAGGCCAAACACCUGAAUGUGCAGAUGGUGGCGGCGGACAAGCUGGCCCAGUGUCCCCCUGAGCUGUUCGACAUCAUCCUGGAUGAGAACCAGCUGGAGGACGCCUGCGAGCACCUGGCUGACUACCUGGAGGCGUACUGGAAGGCCACGCACCCGCCCAGCAGCAACCCCCCCAACCCCCUGCUCAACCGCACCAUGGCCACGGCCGCCCUGGCCGCCUCCCCGGAGCCCGUCUCCAACCUGCAGGGGUCGUACCUGGCGCACGGAGAACAGAAGCGGGAGGGGCCUUUGUCGGAGCGUGCCGGCGGCGGCAGUCUCCAUGACUACCAGGGCGAGCAGGGCGGCAAGCCGCAGCAGACCUACCUGUGCUCCUCGAGGGGCCAGCUGCGUGGCGGAGGCCGGGGCUUGUCCCGGCAGGACACCUUCGACUCAGAGACGCAGGGCAGCCGGGACUCCGCCUACACCGAGGCGGGCGACUCCUGCAUGGACAUCGAGACGGACACGUACGAAGACCCCGAGCCGUACCGCGGAGGAGGCGGCAGCAGGCUGCACCUGGCCCAGCACCACGGCCGCCGGGCCUCCUGGGAAGACGAGGGUGCCGAGCCGGACCAGGAGAACCUCAACCAGUCCGCCGUGCCGUCCCAAACCCAGCCGGGGCAACACGGCCGGGCUAAGCUGAGAGAAAGGUACUGCCAGGAGAGCGGGGACACCGGCGCCAAUAUGGGCCGCAACCGGAACCAGGAGGACUGGGGCAGAGAUGUCUACAUCCGCUGAGCAACACCACCCGGGGGCCAGGGGGCUGCCUGACAGACGGGGGGAGGGAGGAGAGGGAUGGUGUUUAUGAUCAGAGCUUCGGUUUAGCAGGGAGUGGAGGCUGGGUUCGGGGGGGGUUGCCAAUCAGACGCUCAUUAAUUAAUUUCUUUACAACCAUAUUCAAGAGGUACUUUGAGAGCGGU